GAUGGGAUGAGAAGUAGGUGUAGCACUGCACACACAAGUGGCAGGGUUCCUGAAACUUUGAGCGCUGCUCUGUAUAACUUUGAAGUUUAAUCCGCACGAGUUGUUUGGCGAAGAAGAAGAAGAACAUCAUCUUUCUCUGCCCCGUGGUGGUGGGGUGGGGUUGAGUUUGUGUGCUAUAUAUAUGGAAAUGAUGUGCCUCUCUCGCUGAGCACACACACACACACUCACACACACACUCGAUCGUGUCGUGAGUAGCCUAUAGAUACAUUCACCCUCGUUGGUUAGGUGCUGCCCGCACGCAUGUCCAGAGAGAGGGAGUGAAGAAAGAAAUUCCUAAAUCUGCCACAAGGAAAGAGAACACUUCUACUGUUGUACGGAGUUAAUAAGUGGUUUCUACUUCUACAAAUUCAUCACGGGAGUUUUUAGUUGGUCUUCAGAUUCUGAGUGAUUUCGGAUUCAGGCCGAAGAGCUCGAACUCCGAUAAUGGCCACUGGAUCAGAGAAAAAUGAAAAAUGAAUGAAUGAAUGAGUGAUUUCGGAAAAUGUCGAUGAGUGAUAAGUAUUAAUUCAGUCAACUUGGAUACGUGCAAUGCUAAACUGGAUCUAAAGCUGAGCAUUUUCUGUCGUUAUUUGAAGUGCGCGUCUGAGGUGUUCGACUUUGUUUACCCGGGGAAGAGAUCAUGGCAUCACGGAGGAAAAGUGCCAGGCCUACGAACAAACUGCGUCACCGUAUUCAACUGGAAGAUGAGGAUUCGGAAGAUGAGGAUUUCGACAAUCAAAAGAUACACCUGCAGAUAAACCCCAGCCGGAUCAACAGAGAUGGCCUCACAGCUCACGCUGGAGUUCAAGGUCAACAGUCGAAAGCCUCCCACAAACCCUCAGCACUGACGUCAUUGUCUUCCAUGAGGCCGUCAUUUCCUGUUCCGGCGAACAACAUCGCGAUGGGCGUGGCCAUGACGUCAGAGGAAGAGGCGGGGCCUCCUCACAUAGCCCUGCCCGAUGACGUAUACCAAGACUUUGAGGCGCUCAAAUCAGCGACCAAACUAGACAGCUCUCGGCUCAUGCGGAAGCUGUUGAAAGAUUAUCAGAGACUGGCUAGUUUGGCUCACCCUACUCGUGAACGAAAGCUGGAUGACGUCAUAGAUGUUUUGCUGGAGCGCAAUAACGCCGCCAGUGUCCUUGACCUCUCCAAGCCAAAGUCAAGCGCAGGGUCAUGCGGCUCCUCGCCCCCGGGGUCAUCAGAAGCCGACCACUCCCACGCUCACGAACUGCCCGCUGACCAGAGCUUGACCACCCUCUUCCCGGACGAACAGGAGGCCAUCAGUAUGGCGCCGCUAGACCUAACCGUCAACAAAGGAAACUGUUCCGAGGCGCCGGAGAGGGAAGGCGGCGAAAACGAGUCAGAAAAUCCUCAACUGUCUCCUUUAGUAGGCGUAUUACAAGGUCAUCGAUUACCUCCGUCCACAGACUUCUCCACCAAUCGAAUUUCUCCCCACUCCGUUCCCUCCACCCACGCCCCGCCUUACGUCAUUGACUUAGAGCCGACCGCGGGACCUACGAGUGUCAAGAGUGCGCUCUGGUCGACCUCCCAAACAAACGCUAUAUCGCCAAACAAUUUAUCUCUGGUGGAGAAACAACAGUCCGCCGUAAGUCUUCAGGUAUCGCCUAAACCCGAUAAAACAUGUGUGGACUUAGCAUCUCUCUCCCCUUUCACUCAGCAAAGAACUAUCGCCAAGGAAAAGGAGAAAUCACCGGGGAUUUCCACGAAAAAAUCAAAAACAGCAUCGGGGCUUUUUCCUUCCAGUCUGUCCCUGCCGUCAUACACCGAGGCCAUAUUGCAGCAAAGUGUCAUCAAAAAUGGACACGAGAGUAUGGCGUCCGGAGGUCAAAGCUCUGCGAAGCCGAGUCCAACUUCCGGUGGCCCCACCUCCGCGGAGAACCACAUGACGUUUUCCUUCUUGCAAAUCAAUCCGGAUAACCCGGACGUCAAAUUUAUUCCCAUUGACAUUGACACCUGUUCCACCUCAGCCGCUGCUAGAGAGUCGCAACAAUCAGUUCCUCAUCACGGCAGACUCCAAGAACUUUUGCAAGCAACGCAAAGGUUUGUAGCUGGCAGCUCGAAACCCUUAGACAGAGCCCAAACUUUGAGUUCAGGGAAUUUUCCAAACUCUGUUUCUGUAAAACAAGAAAGUGGGGAAACACAAACCAGCGUUGUAAAUAACUCUUUAGCUGACAUGUGCACAUACCCAAACUUUCUCUUCGAACCGCACCCCGCUGGGGUGUCGAACCAAACCCUUCUGCACGUGGACGGGAGCAGCGGCAGUAGCGGGAACCAGAAGCAGACGACGCCAACAACGGCGGCGGUGACAUCAGCAGGAGACACGUCACAUCCGCUGCCUGCGUCCGCCCCACAACCGAUGCCUACUCUGUUCAUGGCAGCGCCGACUUCCUCUGGCGGUAUGGUCGCCAUCCCUGUGCUACACGCCCUGCCGGAGGGAAUCACAGGCCUUCAGCCUUUCGCCUUCGCCCCUCACCCCAACCUACAGUCAGCCUACAGCGGUGCAGCGUCCGAUCAAACGUCUCUCAACAGAGACGUGUCCAUUGCUGACGUCAGAAUGUCUACCAGCGUGGUCAGUUCGGACUACCCCACCAAAUCCGGAGGGGAGCUGGGGUGUGUACCGCAUACCGCUCUCCACCUCGACCACCUCUCAAGAUCUACCACCGCAACCAGCUGUAACAGCGGAGACUCUCUCGCUGUAAACGUGGGCUCCUUCCAGCAGCAACAGUUGCCUCAUGGCUUACUUUUGGACAAGACGGCCACGUCAUCAACGACAAGCACCGCCCUGGUGGACACGUCACGCGCCAAACCAGGCAGGCCGAGGGGGCGCGGCUCGAGGGGGGCGUCCAGCAAAAACCAGAGCAAAGACAUGAAGCUGGUGACGGAAAACACGCUGUUCCCCGGGGUCUACACGAGCAUUCUCAAACUUCCCUGGUCGAGGAGAUCGAGAAAUAAGAACAAAACGCCUAAAUCUGGAGACGGAAAGCGGAAAGUUGUGAAAGAUCUUGUGCAGAAACAGAGCGGAGAAGUGGUGACAGAGACAGGGAGUGUGGCGGGGAUGGAAGGAACCCUCGAACACUCGUCUCUGGGAGCCGGGGCUGCUGGAAAUAUUCUGUUUGACUCACAAAGAGAAAUCGGUGCUAAUCUGCCAAGUGCCGCUCAGCUUUCUAGCGAAAUGAUGCGUCAACUAAGCGCUCAAGUUAUCCCAAACGACGCACAGAAAGUGCAAGAGCAGCAAUCCCUCUCGAAACAAAAACAGCAGCAACAGCAGCAGCAACAGGAGUACCAACGUCAACUCCAGCAGCGGGAGAGUGAGUCUAAACAGCAGCAGCAGCAGCAACAGCAGCAGCAACAACAGCAGCAACAACAACAACAGCAACAGCAGCAGCACGACCUUCACCUUCAGUACCAGAUCCGCCUCCAGGAAGAGCAGAGAAAACUCCAGAAGCAGAUCGAGGAGUCGUACCACACCCUGCCCGUCCCCGGCUCGGAGGCGAUACUUCUCCCGGGUCAGCCCCACCCGGCCCAGGAUCAGGGAAGCGACGCGAAGGUUGGUGAGUCUCCCUCUACUGGUGGUCACCUGAGUGUGUCCACCUCCCACGAUCCCGUCAUGCUUGUCUACUCCAGCACGAGCCCGAACGAUUCCAAAAAGUCUGGCAGGAAGAGAGGGCGUCCCCCGAAAGUCCCCGUCAUCGUGACGUCAUCACUCUCUGAGCCCACGACGAACGCACUGACCUCACAGCAGCUUCAGAAUCUCGAUGAAGGAGCAGGGAAGUUCGUUGAACCUCAGCUUUUCCCCACUUCCCUCACCGACGGUCAUCGGUUUUUGUUUCCCAUGGAUAUGAUGCAGACUUCUGCUGCAGCUAUGUCAAUGACACCUUCACCGUCUGGACUCGCUAUAGAUUCGAACCCUGUUCUUUCAGAUCCUCAAAUGAACGCUGCUCGUGUUUCCGAAGCACCGCCCCCACUCACCCUCCAAAACAUGCAGAGUUUGUUACACUCCCAACUCUCCGUCUGUCACUCCAGUCUUGGGGAUAACAACAACAAUGAUGGACAGGCAGAAGUGCAGAUGGACGAAGACGACGACGACGAUUUUCAAGGCGAACCUACUUUAGUAUCGCGCGACUUUGUGUCUGAAAUGAGAGAAGAUUCUACAGGAGGAGGAGGAGCAGGAGGAGGAGCAGGAGGAGGAGGAGCAGGAGGAGGAGGAAUGGACACUUCAAACUCUGCAACAACAAACAGCGAACAACUAAUCUCCCAACAAAAUCUCCAACAAACUCUCAUUGAUGCGUCCGAAACACCGAAAACAUCCCCCCUAGAGGCCAACAGCACGAAACCAGAAUUCAAACCGAGGCGGAAAAAGACUUCCAGGAUUCUGAAAUCGGACGAGAACUUUAUGUACGCGACCUUCCGCCUGAAGCCGAAAGGCGGGGCCCUGACUCCGCGCAAGCCUCGACGACGUCGCGGUGGUGUCCUUGCCGCUACAGCCGCGGCCGCCGAAACCAUCGCCAGUCUGAAGAGAAAAAAGGCGGACGCGUGGGGUGAAAGUAGGUCAGAGGAAGAUUCCGGGAAAUCCGGGUCAGUGCUGGUCUGGAAGUUUCACGAACAGUACCCUUGCUCCAGCGGCGAGCUCCAGACCGCGUCCCAAGAUGGCGUGCUUGAUGACGUCAUGAAUGAAGCGGAGGAGUCGGGCGCCGGGGUGUGUGAAGCGUGUGGGAGUAAACUGUCCCCUCACCACGUGGAGUGCCAGGUCUGCGAGACGCCCGUCCCGGCUGGUCAGUCUCGGGGUGCCGGACACUUCCCCGACGCGCCGCUGGUGCCCCCUAGCGGCGAGGAACUGAAGGCCGAGUGCUGCGUCACUUGUGGUCACGUGUUCCACAAGCACUACUGGGACCCCCAGGCCCGCUGUGACACGUGCCGGAGCCACGCCCCCUCUGUGAUCAGCUCCUCCAAACUGUUCGCCCUCAACGACUCGCCAUUUUCCGCCCUCCCAGAACCCGCCCGCCCCUCCUCGCCAGCCUCGUCUACUUUCACAACGAGAGCCUCCCUCAGCAACGCCACACCCCCGGCUUCUCCUGUCGCUACUGUGCCGUCUGGCGUCCAGAUCACCGAAGAAGGUUCAAGAAAUUCGGAUCCUAUAAUUUCCAGAAGAGGGACUGAUCAUCUAUUCUGUAGCCUGUGCCGUCGCGAGUUCUCAAAGAUCUCGGAAUAUUUGACCCACAUUCAGGAAAACCACGAACCUUUAAGAGACUCCGCUUCUCCAACAGUAACGGAGCCCGUUUUGAUGCCUGACCCGAACAAAAAACUGAGAAUCUCAAAGACGAAAAAAUCUUUGUCUCAUAAGACGAUAAUGUGUCCGGUGGAAGACUGUCCAAUAUUUUUCCGAGAACAAAAAGACCUUGACCUUCACCUGAGUCGUAAACACAACGUGAUUAUUGCAAGUCCCUUCUCAGGAGUCUCUCCGAGUGGCUUCCAAUCCCGAGAGCAACAGCCAGAUAUAAGCCCAUUUCACCCUUCUUUAGGCCAGGAUCAGUCCGACCAGACAGAUGGCUCAUCCAAACUCGGCGAGCCAGCCUCCAGCCUCCCCACAACUCCCGACAAAGACGACGACGAUGACGUCACCGCAGUGGGCCCGCCUGCCAUGGCGUCUCGUCGACAGACACGCCUCACGUCACAGCCGCCUACGUCAUCAGACGAGGGCGGUCCUAGCGCCGUAAGCCCCGCCCACCAGCAGAAGCCGCUGCAGUGCCCGCUGUGUGACUACCGGUGUCGUCAGAAGAACGCACUUGCGUGGCACAUGAGGAAACACCCUGAGGCCGCCGCCAGGCAUCGCCCACACAAGUAGAUCUAUAGUGGAAGAAGGAAAUGUGUGAUCCGACACACACACACACACACACACACACA